UGGAGCGGAGAUCAAGAACAAUUUCGUGGCUCGGAUGUUUGUUCCUACUUGGAAUAUCAGCAGAGACUGAGAAGAGGCAGAAUAAGGUAAUGUUCUUCAAUCAAAAUGAACAAAUAAUGGACCACAUUCUGCGUAUCAUGGACGAGACAGAAAAUCCAUGCACAAAUUUUAAAGAAUAUUCUAUCGGCAGGACUUAUAAUGUCUUCUUCAACAAGUAUUAUUUACCGGCGUAUGAAAAUUACUAUCGUAAGUUCUAUGCUGUGUUUGAGAAACUUAAGAACCGAGCCUACGAAUCAGGCAGUCUGGAGGAGAAGGUCUUUAAGUUGUACAACGCCUGCCAAGCUGACCAAAAGAAGGAAAAGAAAAACAACUAUUUGGAGGUGGUUCAGCCGGACAUCAAUCUCUCCUGGCCCCAAAAUACGCCUCAAGGCAGUCAAUGGCCGAAGGAGCGCUUCCAGUGGUUAGUGACGCUAGGCCGAUUGCGCCGCUUUGGCAUGGAUGGUGUUUUACUAAAGACGAGCGUUCAAGUUGAUUUCGAGGAUCACAGCAACUACACGGUGGUGAUCGAAAAACCCACCUUUUUCGGUUACAUGGGUUCCCAGAACUGGUUGCAUGAACUGGGAUUCACCACGAGUAAAGCAACGUUUUUAGUUGAAGAAAUUCAUAAACUUAGGGAUAGUCUAAACAAUGAGAAUGAGGAUAAGCCGUUAAAAAAGCGUUUAACUCUUUUGGAAUUAGAAAGUCAGUAUGGAGUUUCCCUAAACAAAUAUCUCGAGGUCGUGUUCGAUCGCAAGUUCCCACCGAGUUUCAAGUUGCAGAUUAAUGAUGUGAACUACUUAGUGAGACUCAAUCAACUGAUAAGCAGCUCCGACCAAGAGGCUGUGGCCGUCCUCCUCAUGGAACGCUUCACCGACUUUAUGACUUCAAGCGGCGACUCUGAUAAACCACUCCCUGACUACCACUGCGGGGAGAUCGUUAGAGAUCUUAUGGAGUUUGCCAGCAAUUUGAUUUUUGAGGAACAUAUCCUGGGUGAGAAGAAACUUGGGGAGUACCAAUUCCAAGCAACUAAAUUAUUUGAAGCGCUACUAAAGCCUUUUAGAAAGGGGUUAGAGAGGAAUCGCCUCAAUUUACCAACUUCCCAGAUAUCAGACCACCUGAAGACUUUGAACGGAAUCACUGUAAAUGUGGGAAACAUGCCAAAAAAUGAAGAUCACCGCCGCUUUGUGACAUCUUACUAUGAGGAUCUUGACUUGGAAAGCGAUGACGACUUCGCCAUCAUUUAUUUAAAGAUGCGUGUGUUUAAGACAAGUCGCGAGCUGGGGAAAUUAGGCAAACCAGUGUCGAAUGAUCCGAGCCCUUCAAAUAACCUGGAUUUGCUAAAUUUCAACACAAUUGUCAUACCCUACUGCUAUUUGGUCGAACCUCUUUUUAUGACUCGUGGCCACGACGUAUUCAAGUUCGGCCAAGUUGCUUUUAUUGUCUCUUCCUCAUUGAUGAAAGCCUUAUUUACUGGCAAUUUCCAGGCCGAGACUAAUUUGAUAAAAACUUUGGAUGAUCAUGAUCUAUUUGGCAACAGUCAAUUGUCAUCCAAUUUAAUGGAAUGGGACGUGGCACUGAAAUAUUUCAGAGUGAUCUUUAAUCUCAUGCAUGAGGCUUACUUUUUACCGGGAUCAGGGUUUGACCAAUCACAACCCAACUUCACCGAUAAGUCCGUGGAACAGCUUUUCUUUCUGUAUUCGGCGCAGACCAUCCCAGAGAGCGAUUUUCUGACCAUGAUGCCCACUUUUGCCGAGACCUUUAAUUGUUCAAGUGCCUCGUAAACUUUAAAUCAUUUAUAAAAAAAAAAUAAAGUAAGCUUCGGGAAGCAGUAGUUUGUAAAUCCUUUUAGCUAUAACAAAAACUUGAUGUAUUAUGAAAGUACUAUAAAUCGAUUGUCAAGGCUUAAAA